GCGACAAAUCCGACAAUUUGUGGGCUGCGUCGGGCAAUAAGAAAGCGUCGACGCAAAGACGCCCGCUGCCUCGUCGUCCGUCACCAUGGACCUCUUCAAGUCGCUGCUCGGCUUUGACGACUGGACGGGCAAGCCCCACAAGUUCUGCUCCAUGCACACGGUCGUCGUUCUCGGCGGGCUCUUUGUGCUCGUCCUCGCCGAGGUGACGGAGCGCUUUACGUUCAAGCUCAUGCUCGACCGCAUGGAGUCGUACCGGUACUUUCUCAUGCAAAUGAGCACGUUCCUCUACAUUCCGCCGAUGUUUUGCAUCGUGGGCUACAAGGCGACGCAAUCGGAUUUCAUCGACGAAGAAGUCACCGAAUUUCCAAAGUCCAAGUUUUUCGUCAUGGGCAUGCUCGACCUCGCCCAGUCGAUGCUACUCUUCCUACCUGGUGGCAAGACGCCGGCGACGCUCACUGUGAUCUUUUUACAAGCGUCCGUGCCGGCGACGAUGCUGUUCGCCCAGAUCCUCCUCAAGGACGAGUACAGCAAGUUCCAUGUGCUUGGCGGCAGCAUCAUGAUGGCUGGCAUCCUUGUCGGCCUCCUCCCCGUCUUUUCCAUGGUGCUCAGCGACGUGUACGAAGAGCAAGAAAUGGCGUGGAAUUCGCUGUGCUAUCUCUUGGCAGCGAUUCCUGGCGCGCUCUCGGUGCUCUACAAGGAGAAGGCGCUUGCGACGCAGCCCAUGGACGUCUACUACCUCAAUGCGUGGGUUGCGGUCUAUCAAUUUAUCGGCGGUCUUCUCGUCGCGCCUUUGGCGUUCGAUAUUCCGGCGCUGCACCUCGACCAGCGCAUCAGCGGCCUCGAGUGUUUGGUCAACGGCGUCUCGGAGAUUCGCACCGACAAGUGCCACCUCGGGCUCGGCCUUUUGCUCCUUUUCCUCGUGUGCAAAGUCGUCGCCUUCUUCGGCGUCGGCUUUGUCUUGCAACACACGAGCGUCUCGGUGCUCUACAGCGGGUACACGGCCGCGCUUCCCAUGGCCUUUGUGCUUCUCGAGUGGUACCAGCAGGACCAAGACGGUCCGCUCUCGUCUGUGUGGAGUGACGCAUUUUCGUGUGCGGUCGUGCUACUGGGCCUCGUCUUGUAUCGGCUGAACCCUGAGCCUGGCAUGGAGGCAACGACCAUGUCGGCGGCCGAGAAGGAGGCGCAGUCGCUUUUGCUCGACGACGCGUCGGACUUUGGCUUGCGAUACACUUAGAACACUCCACUAGUAUGCGACGUUUAACCUACUCUACCCUCUCCA